AUGUCCGAUUGCGUAUCCUGUAAUACUGCCCCACCACCCUGCAACUGCUCAGCCGAUCAGACCUGCGUCCAGACACCCAGGAACUGCUCAACCUGUCCACGGAACAUCUGCAUCAGCUCAUCCGGAGACUCCUCGGGCUCAUCCCACCACUCAAGCUCAGCCGGACUAGGAGCACCCAUCGGAGGCGCAAUCGGAGGACUCGCUGCCGGACUCUUAAUCAUCCUGAGCGCGUGGAUACUCUACAAGCGCAACCUACUCCCACCCUGCUUCAACUCCAUCUUCGAAUCUACCUCAACCAAAUCAUUCUCCAAAAAGCAUCCUCACCAUCGAAACAACCGAUUCAAAUCCAAAUCCAACAAUAACAAUAGCAACAACAACAACAACCAUCAUCAUCAUCAUCUCAAAUCUCAAAACGAACCACACCACCAAUCUGUCAUCUAUCUACCAACUGAUACCAGGGACCCCAAGACUGCCUCAAUAAUCGAAUCAGAUGGUACAUCCAUUCUCUCUCUUUUACCAUCAUCAAACAAAAAAAAAGUACUAACAACCUACCAACAAACAGAUGACCCAUUCUCUGAUAAACACAGCGGAGUUUCGAUCAUCGGCGCCCAACACAAGCAGAAUCAAACAACCAAUCCCACCCUCGAACUCCUAUCCUCACCCACCCAUCCCAGCUCAGCCUCAGCAUACAGUCCAUCCAGGACACACUCGAUUUCCGGACCAGAAGACCGGAACAUAUCCAUCACAGCCGAUUUCCAUCCCCCAUCCAACCUCCCCAGCCCAGCCGAACAAGCCAACCCAACCCUACUCGUCUCCCAUCCCAACUCACGCUCCUCCUUCCUCCCUCCCAGUCUGCCCUCACCCACCCAUUCGAAUGCGAUCCAACACAGACCAGUCCGGCCACAUCGAGCCCCUGACCUCGACCUACGACUGCCCGGUGCAGCUGCAGCCGGGGAGACCGAGGAACCCAAGCCGUCGGCUUCAGCAGACGAGGGACCGUCAUUGGGCUCACAUCUUUCACCAGACCCGAACUCGCGCAGUAUCCGCCGUCUCUCCGGCUCCUCAGACGCUACCACACACGAUAGCCAUCUCAGUAGCAUCCUCGACCCGGCAAUGAUUGUCACCCCGGUCACGCUCGUUCGGACCGCCUCGGGACGCCAGGCGGCUGUUCAACGGGUUGCCCUGCGUGGUCAGGAGAAGGCUAGAGUCGUCCGACUUCCCCCGAGUGCCCAUCCGCACGGCCCCUCGCCCCUCUCAAUCUCCGGAGCUAAUACCACCCGCUCACCACCAGCCAACGUCCGGGAGACCUUUGGCCUUUCGCCGACGACCCCAGGGAUCGGCCGAGCCUAUGAUCCCGAGGAGCGAAUACACUCUGGUCAGCACUCUCCUCUCUCCAACCACCAAGCCUUUGAGUUUGAAAGCAGGAGCGGGUCUACCGAACUGAGAGCGAGUCUUGACCCGUUUUCAGAUCUCUCGACACUCCAAGUCCAGACGCAGGAGGAGGAGCGGGAGCGAGAAGAAGAAGAUAGUGGCGGAGGAGGAGGAGGAGGAGGAGGAGGAGAAGGAGAUGAAGGACGAGAAGGGCUUGGCCGGUUACCGGGCGAGUCUUCGACUUCGAGGAAGAGCUCAAACCUGCGCAGGGCACGCUCGACGGCCUACUCGAUCGCCAGCUCAAGCUUCGGAGGCAGCAGCGUCUGCGACAGCUUCAUCGAAGACGAGGAGGUCGAGUUCCCCACCGUCCUAGGUCGUUCUGCCGCCACCCUCGCCCAACGCAUCCUCCAACAACAACACGACCAACACUCCCAAGCGCAUCACCAACCCACUUCUCACCAUCAUGUCAAUCUCAAAGCUCUAGGGCGCGAUCGGGCUAUCUCUCUCUCCUCGAUCAUCACCGAAGAAGCUCAUCGGACUUCCCGCGACGGCUCGCCUCCCCCACUUCCCUCUUUGCCCACCGGCGCAGGAGGAGGAUCAGGAACAACAGGAGGGGGCACCAAGAAUCUGCCGGAACCGUUCAAGCCGUUUGCGGGCCAAAAGCCGAGUCGUUCGAGCCGGCCGACGGAGCCGUCCCACUCGAGUCUCUUAGUCGGAGGGGGAGGAGGCUGGUCGAGCUCCUCGUGUUCGGAGCACACCAACAGCAUGGUCCGACUCUCGUCGGCCUCGUCGGUCCGCUCGGGAUACGGCUCGGUGCUCGAAGGGAUCCCGUUCAACAUCGGGUUCUGUUCCGACCCCGACGGCCUCUUCAUCGACUCUUCCUCCUCCUCCUCCUCCGUCCACCACCACCAUCAUCAUCAACAACACCCGCAACUGUCGCUGGGGCCGUUGCCCAAUACGCCCUCCGAUCUUACUCUCGGUACCGACAUCCCCGGCCGGCCACUCUCGCUCGAUAUCCUGCCCCCGCUCCCCCUCGCCGGCCCCGCGCCCGACGAAAUCGACGGCUUGCCCCCCGGCCCCCAAGACCACCAUCUCGACCUCGACCCCGCCCUCGAUCACUUCCUCAGGCCCUCAUCUAACCUCGCCCCCGUCACCCCCACCGUCAUCUUCCAUCCUCUCCAUUCUUCCUCGUCUCCUUCUCCUUCCUCCGACCUCCCCCCGCUUCCUCUUCUUCCUACUACAACUUCGGCCUCCUCCUCUUCAUCUUCUCCUGCUACUACUUUAACUCCCUCUAUUCCUCCCGUCGUCUCUCAUCCUCCUCCGCCUUCUGAUUCUUCUUCUUCUGGCAUUAUUCACUCCGGCGAUAUCUCGGACUCGCUGCCCUCAUCCGUCGCUUCUCCUGUUGCUGCUCAUACCGACACUCAUCAACUUAUCGUCAUCGACUCGGAUACUAGAGCCGCGUUGGAUUACUUGGACCAACUCUAACUUCUCACGAUUCUCUCCCUUUUUUUCGUCAUCUUGCGCGGCAAUGGCCCUGCGUUUUUCUUUCUUUGUUUUUUUUGGAUUGGAAGGCAUGGAUUUGGUGGCGAGUUGAAUGGUCCUUCUUGGUCGCCCUCUCUUUUCUUACUCUUCUUCUUUGCUUUUUUUUGUGGAUUUGAGUGGGUGGGUUUACUUUUUUCU